GCGUGACAUAACCUCACACACCGGCCAUGAAGUGGUUUGUUUUGGUGCGGAUUUCAUGCUGAAAGUGUGCAGUAAAGCACUGGCCAGAGUGAUGAGUACCUUCACGCAAGUGUUCAAUCCCAUCUCGGGGCAGAUGGAGUGGCAAGUUUGCAGUUCUGACUAUGAUUUCUACCAGGAAGUCGCCAGAUCCGACUAUGGCGACAUGCUGCACGACACCGAGCGCAAUGUGAAGUACUACCGAGCCCUCCGUGGGGCCAUCGCCAAGGUGCGCGCUCGUGGGAUGCAGGCGAACGUGCUGGACAUUGGCACGGGCACGGGACUGCUGUCGAUGAUGGCUGUGGCUUCAGGAGCACACUCUGUGGUAGCGUGCGAAGCCUUCAAGCCCAUGGCGGACUGCGCCGAGAAGAUCAUCGAGCGAAAUGGCAUGAGCGACAGAAUAAAGCUGAUCAAGCUGCGCUCAACGGAGAUCCAGAUUGGACGUGAUAUGGCAGCGAAGGCGAAUAUUUUGGUAACUGAAGUCUUUGACACGGAAUUGAUUGGCGAGGGCGCGAUCGACAUCUUUCGGCAUGCCCACAAGAAUCUCCUGGAAGCGGAUGCCAUCGUCAUUCCCAGCUUCGCCACGAUAUACGCUCAGGUGGCUGAAAGUCCCUUCGUGGCGGCCUUCAACAAGCCUAAAGUGCUGGCGAAUCUGGACGGAGAAAUCCUCCUGAAGACACCCGAACAGAUGGUGAAAUGUCCAGGAUCCACAUCUCUGCACGAGAUCCAACUCAAUCAACUGCCCAGUGAUGCAUUCCGGACUCUGACAGAGCCUCAGGCAGUCUUUACGUUUGACUUGAGCGGGAAGAGUGAGCUGGAGAAUGACCGGAGGAGCGUUGUUGAAGUGAAAUCCCAGCGAGCAGGCACAGCUCAGGCAGUGUUCAUGUGGUGGGAUCUCCGGAUGGACGAAGAGGGUGCUAUUCUUCUGAGCUGUGCCCCUUUCUGGGCACAUCCGGACUUUGAGCGCCUCAAAUCCGAGGCUUCCCCGAGAAAACCCCUACCGAAUGUGAUUCCCUGGCGUGAUCACUGGAUGCAGGCGAUUUACUAUUUCCCAGAGAACAUCACUCUGCAGAAGGAUCAGUCAUUUAGCCUCAUUUCUUACCACGACGCCCUGUCGCUGUGGUUCGACAUCUCCACGAGCAUUCCGGAGGAACGAACGCUGGCGCCACCCUUUUGCACGUGCGGCCUGCACGUGGCGUGUUCCAGAAGCCGAAUCGGCCAGUUAAACGAUCACCAGAGGAACAAGAAAUUCCUCCGCAUGCUGGAGAGCCUUCCGUCCAACGCCACAGUUCUCACAAUUGGCGACGGAAGUCUCCUGGGUUUGGCGACAGCCAAGAUCGCUCGGACAAUCUUUUACUUGAACUUCAACUACUUCUCAGAGAAGAUCACGAGGCUCUACGUGAAGGCCAAUGAGCUGCAGAACGUGACAGUCGUGAACAACGUGGAGGACAUCGAGAAGCGGCUGCAGGAAGUGACGCACGUGGUGGCGGAGCCGCACUUCAAUACUUCCAUUUUGCCGUGGGACAAUCUGUUCUUCUUCAAGUUCCUGCACUCGAGGCUGCCGCAACUUCUGGGCAAUGUCUCAGUGUCGCCUAUGAAGUGUGACAUCAUGGCAGUGCCUGUGGAGUUUUUGGACCUGCACAAGAUCAGGAAGCCGCUGCGGAAUGUCGAGGGAUUCACCAUUGAGGACUUCGAUCAGAUGCUGGAGAAGGCUUCCGCCUUGGCAGACUCGAAGUUUGAGGCUCAUCCACUCUGGGAAUAUCCUUGUCUGGCGCUUGCGGAUCCCCUGAAGAUCUUCUCAAUAGACAUUGAGCACUUCCCAGAAGCUUCCAAAACGUCUUCAGUGAAAUCUGUCUUCAAGAGUCCUGGUCAGUGCAACGGAGUGGCUUUCUGGGUCGUGUGGCAUCUGGAUCGCUCUGGAAGUGAGAAGAGUCAAGUGGGAAUGGGUCCCAGGGAGCCAAUCAAGCCGGGAGAGUUCAUAAAAUGGGACCCAUUCGUGAAACAGGGCGUCUUCUUCGUCGUUGAGCCUCUGGUGGCGAGCGAAGACCAGGAAUGCACGUUGGAGGUGACUUUCAACGCGACGACAGGACCUGUUGAUUGUAAGCUCACCGCGUGAGUCCCUGAGGAGAGGGAUUAUUGAUUAAACAAGGGUGUGGAGAAAAGGUUUCUGGGUUUGAUCGAUU